AUGCUGCGGCGGGCGUCUGGGGAGUCGACGUCUCCCCCCGCAGGCAAAGACAUCUUACACUUACUCACGCGAGACACACAGGAUAUACUGAAGGGAACCACCUGCAGCAGCAGCAGCAGCAGCAGCAGCAGCAGCAGCAGCAGUGAAAGCAGCAGCAGCAGCAGCAGCAGCAGGGGCAGCAGCAGUGGAAGGAGCAGCAGUGACAGCAGCAGCAGUGGAAGCAGCAGCAGCAGUGAAAGCAGCAGCAGAAGCAGCAGCAGUAAAGGCAGCAGCAGCGAAAGCAGCAGCAGCGAAAGCAGCAGCAGCACAAGCAGCAGCAGCAGCAGCAGCAGCAGCAGCAGCAGCAGAAACAACAGGAGUAACAGAAGUGAUGGAUAUGAUAGCAGCACAAGAAAACCAAAAAAAAAGAGAAAACGGCUCAGCCUGAAACCCUUAAACCCUGGAGCAUCUGCAUCCUCAGCAGCAGCAGCAGCAGCAGCAGCAGCAGCAGCAGAAAUAAGCAGCAGCAGCAGCAGCAGCAGCAGCAGCAGCAGCAGUACCUCUAGAACGUAG